AUGGAAUCCCUAAUUUCUUAUGAUGAUUCGGAGAGAUCGUUGCUGAAUGGAGAGCUUUUGGAUCGACUUUGCAAGAAAAUUGGAAAUCGACGGGUGGCAAUCAUUGCGAUAACCGGAAAAUUCCGCGGUGGAAAGUCGUUCGCAUGCAACGCUCUGUUGAGGAGGCUGAGGAACCGAGAAUCGAAAUCAUAUGAAAAAGAGGAAAUCAUUGGUGGUGAAAACGGGAUCGCAUUCGAGAGCGGCUUCUCGGCGCACACAAAAGGCAUUCAAGUCUGGACUGAGGUCUUUUCGACAAUUGAUGAGAAUGGAGAAGAGAUAGCAGUGCUUCUAUUUGACACUCAAGGCACGUUCGAUCUCGAGAGUGGACUCGAUCUCUCGAUGAAAAUCUCCUUGAUCACUCUUCUACUCUCAUCAUUCAUGAUUCAAAACAACAAGCAUAUCAUCGACGCUCAGGAUUUCAGCCAUAUCGCCACAUUUUUGUCUCUCGCUAGAAAAGAUCAAGGGAAAAUUGGACAAAAUUUUUUAUUUCUGAUGAGAGACCGCGUGAAGACAGAGCAAUACAUGAAGGCUUUUGAAGAGUUUGGGAUUGAAGGCGGGAAAGAGUACCUCGAUGAUUUAAAGAUAGUAUCAAGGAAAUCAGCCGAGCUUGCCGGCAAAGUCAAAGAUCUUGAGAAUGCUGUGGAAAAGCUUGAAGCCUUCAUGUUACCCUAUCCAGGGCCGGCUGUUGAAAAGGCGCAAAAAGAGAUCAAAGCUGGCGAAUGCGCAGAGGAAUUUCUUCGUCAUUUGAACGAUUGGGCGAAUCAUGUUGUGAAAAAUUUACAACCAAAAAAGGUGACCGGCACAAUAUUGAAUGGGGAAUCGUUCAGAAGCUAUGUUCAGCAAAUAUCAAAGCAUGUCACUUCACUGGACUUGAAAGGGAUCAGCUCAGCGUUUGAAGCGACCGCUUUGUGGAGCUUCGAAAUGGCGAAAAAGCGGGGAUUCGAGGCGUUCAAUUGCAUUUUUGAUAAGAUGAACGAGGAGACGAUGGGAACAAAGAGUUUGUAUCCUUCAUCGGUUAAACAAGUGCUACUUAAAGCACAAGAAUCGGCUGUUGAGAUCUAUCAAUCAGUUUCAUGUAUUGGCUCUCUAAAAGAUAAGCACACGGCUUUUCAGGAUUUUCAACAAACGCUUGCGAUACGUUGUGAGAACUUUCAAGAGCGCUACGCUGACUCGUACAAUCGAGAGAAGUUGGAGGAAACUUAUACAAAAUGUCUCGAAUUCUACAAAAAUGCCAUAAAAGGAAACUCAUUGUUGAGCAAUUUUCAUAAAGCUGUAAAGCGAGAGGUGCUGUGGCAGAAGCACAAAGAUGCUCAAGUCACGACAUUUCACCUUUUUGCUCAAAAAAGCAGCUCGAUCGAUGCCCAACCACUCAUUGAAUACUGGAGAAAUCGAUUGAUCAAGAAGAUCGAGGAGAUUCACGAGAAGAAAUCGAAAGAAAACGAGCAGAGAUUGUUGAGGGAAGAAUUGGUUGAAGCUUGCAGUGAUGUGGCUGUAUUUUAUGAUGCCUUGCUGAUGGAGGAAACUCCACAAGAUGAGCAGGAAAUCUCGACAUGGACUAAAUUAAACAAAGAACAAGCAAAAACGAUAUUCGACAAUCAUUUUGAGCGCUUUAAAGGCUCGUAUCUGAAAAUGCUCGGCGAAACACUUGUAGAUGCUCUCCGACAACAAGUCAAAGAAACUGAUUUAGAAGAAGCGCUUGAGUUAGUGAGUAAAGAUUUCACGAUGAAACGCCGACAUGAGAUUCAAAAUUCGGAAUUUCAACGUGAACUGGAAAUGGCACGAGAGAGAAGUGAUGAACAGGCGAGAGAGGCCGGGGAAGAGCUGCUGAAGAUCAAGAAAAAAUAUGAAGAUUUGGUGGAAAGGCAAAGAAUUGAGAUUGAAGAUUUACAAACGGUCGUCCAAAGUCGCGAUAUCCGAGUGCAAGAGUUGGAGUAUCUUCUCGACGAAGCUGCAACGACACUCUCAACAUCAAUGGAACAAACGAAUGAAACGUUGAAAGAAUGGAAAAAGGAAAGGAAAAGAGAGACGAAGAGGAGAGAGGAUCCAACUGAGAUGAGAAGACGUGAAUUCGAGGGAGAGUCACAGAAAUGUUCUAUUUGUCGAGAAGAAAUUCAGGGAAUCGGGUUUUGUUGUAAAUCUUGUCGCUUCGUUGAUCUUUGUCGAGAUUGUAAACACGAGCAUGAACAUGAGGAGGAUUUGGUGAAAUUGUCAUUUGAUGACGAUUUAACGAGUUACACAUGUGAUGGAUGUGAUCUCAGAAUUCGUGGCUACAGAUACAAAUGUGUCUCUUGUGUCGACUACGAUCUUUGCGAGGAUUGUAUGGGAGAUAAGCAUCUUCAUCAUCGCCUUUUACGCAUCACACGAUCAGCAGUUUGGAGAGAGGAACGAAAUCGUCGAGCUCCUCUGGAAAAUGAUCCAUUUCAACACUUGCAUCAAAUCUUAAAUCGUCAACGAAAUCGACAAGGAGAAAACGAAUGUAGACAACAA